AUGUCAUUGGCCCCUGUGAAGGGGGUAACAAGCGGCAGCGGUGGUGGAAGCAGCAGAUGGUCUCCAACGCCGGAGCAGCUGAAGUUUUUAGAAAGAAUGUAUAGAGGCGGCCUGAAAACUCCAUCGGCAACUCAGAUACAGCAAAUCACAACAAGACUAUCCACUUACGGAAACAUACAAUGCAAAAAUGUCUUCUAUUGGUUUCAAAAUCACAAAGCUCGUGACAGACAAAAGCUUCGAAAGAAACUCAUAGCCAUGUACCAGCCACAUCACCUCUACCCUCGUCAAGAUCAACCCUUUCUUCCUCUUCAUCAGGUUGGUGGAGUUGAAGAUGCAUCAAUCUGUAGAACGAUUGUAAACAAUGCGAAGGAGGAUUUCCAAUCUGAUCAAACCUGCAACCUCAUGUGUAAUUACCCACUUAUGACUAUGAUGAUGAUGAUGAAUCAUGGUACAACUCCAUAUUGCACAAGAGUACCGCCCAAAACCCUACAGCUCUUUCCGGUUACCACCACCACCGCCGAUCUCAGAGGAGACGAUCGGUCCAGCACCACCAAUCCCUAG